GUGUGUGUGUGUGUGUGUGUGUGUGUGUGUGUGUGUGUGUGUGUGUGUGUGUGUGUGUGUGUGUGUGUGUGUGUGUGUGUGUGUGUGUGUGUGUGUGUACAGGCACUUUAUAAGACAAACAAAAUGAGUAAAAGUGGGGGGGCAGAAAGCCGUUAGUCGUUUAGUUUCAGGAUGAAGGGAAUGAUAUACAUACUACAUAUACACACUCUUUCCCGGGCGAGAGAAGAAAACGGAUAAAUAAGACGGUUUCAUUUCUCACUUUUUAACUCUGAAUAGUUAUUGAUAUUUAUAUCUUUUUUGAGGUGAACCCGAGCACUGAGCAGGGUGUGUGUGUUCUGUUCUGCAGGGCACUCACUCACACUAACACACACACAUGUUAACAGAUGCUUAGAUUGAAUUAUCAAAUAUUCCGGAUAAUUCUCGAGACGAGGACGACUGAAUGAGAACACAUUGACCUUUUAUCUGAACACACACACACACACACACACACACACACACACACACACACAGACGUCUGUAAUGGAGUUAGCAGGAUGUUCUUGCAGUCAGCUGACCAUUGGCAUGUGCCACCACUUCCUUGUGACCUGUUGACCCCUGCCCCCCAACACACACACACACACAGACUAGUUUUGAAUGUAUAAACAUUUGUGAAAGCAGAGUGGGGAGGGGGGGGAGUCAACUGCUGAGAGAUGUGCUACUAUUGGUUCCCAGUGAUGCAGGGAGGUGGGAGCUAAGCUCUGAUUGGCUGCGAGGAGAAUAAAAAGAGAGACCCUUUUUAUUCUUCUGCAGAAACGGUCUACAGCUCAGGUGAGAUGCUUUUCCUCGUGCUACUAUAUCAAAUAUUUAUACUUCUCCAUUAAUUGUGUUUUCUCCUCCCCAGUGUUCUUCCUCCUCUUCCUCCUCCUCCUCAGGUGUCUCCUCUUCAUCAUGUCUGAUUGGACUGACUGUCUGGAUUUCGGUGUCUCCAUUGCCAAGCAGGCCGCUGAGAUUGUCCUGGCUGCCUUCCAGCUGCAGAAGGAGGUGCAAUUAAAGAGCUCUCCGGCUGACCUGGUGACGGAGACAGACCAACGAGUCGAAAAGAUCCUGAUCUCUGCCAUCAGGGACAGAUACCCUCUGCACAGGUUCAUCGGGGAGGAGUCUGUGGCGGCAGGUGAGCGAGUCGAUCUAAGCAAUGACCCCACCUGGAUCAUCGACCCCAUCGACGGGACCGUCAACUUCGUGCACCGGUUUCCCUUUGUUGCCAUCUCCAUCGCAUUCACAGCCAAAAAGCAGACGGAAUUUGGGAUAGUGUACAGCUUGGUGGAGGACAAACUGUUUCACGCUCAGAGAGGAAAAGGCGCAUUCCUGAACGGAGAGAAGCUGCAGGCCUCCGGACAGAAAGACAUCAGCAGGUGUGUGGUGGUGACGGAGAUCGGGGCAGAGCGUGAUGACCUCGCUCUGUCCACCAUGACCUCCAACAUCUUCAGGCUGUUGCAGCUGCCCGUCCACGGGGUGCGUGCGUUGGGCACGGCGGCGGUCGACAUGUGUCAGGUGGCGACAGGCGGUGCGGACGCUUACUAUCACAUCGGGAUGCACUGCUGGGACAUCGCCGCCUCCGCCAUCAUCGUGCAGGAGGCGGGGGGCGUUGUCAUGGAUACUGACGGCUCAGAGUUCGACAUGAUGUCACGCAGAGUCAUCGCAGCCAGCUCCACCGCGGUGGCCAAUAGUAUCGCUCAGGUGGUCCAGGCAUUCCCCUGUCGCCGUGACGAUGAGGACCCCAGCAGGUGUGUCUGUGGAGCCGCAGGUGUGUACGGGGAGUCAGCUGACAGGAAGUGCCAAGACUGAAGAAUACAUGAAUUGUUUCCUGAAAUGAAACAAAUGAAUGUUUUGACUUCUGGUGAGUCAGGGGAUAAACCUGUGACCUGCUGAUCUCAACAAGUAAUUUCUGUGACUGUCACCUGAUGGGUCAGCUGGGACUCUGCACCUUCCUCUCUGUUAAUGGGGGGGUCAAGGCGGUGGGAUGUUGUGACUUUGGCCUGAUGAAUAAAAAUGAAAUGAAUCUGUAAA